AUGCCGUCCACUACUAGCACUUCUCAGCUGGGCAGACUCCUCCUGCUUCCACUAGCAGUCUCCAUCGCACACGCUGCACCAGUCUCCAUCACAGUCAAUGCUCGAAAUCAAACGGGCCCAUUUACCCCCAUCGCGCGCUUCUUCGGGGCCGACGAGCCCAAUUACGCCUACUACCCGGAAGGUCAGGCAUUGCUGUCGGAAUUGGGUGGUCAGCUGGGGCCAGCUCAGACGUAUUUUCGAGCGCACAACCUCCUCACGACGGGGAACGGCAUUCCGGCGCUGAAAUGGGGCAGCACCAACGCCUACACGGAGGAUGCGGACGGAAAUCCGAUCUACAACUGGACCAUCAUCGACCGGAUCUUCGAGUCGUAUCUCGAGCGCAACGUGAAGCCGUACGCGCAGAUCGGGUUCAUGCCCGAGGCGCUGUCGUCGCAUCCGCAUCCGUACUUCUUCAACUUCACGCCCUCGUCGCCCUACGAUGUGAUCUACACUGGAUGGUCGUAUCCGCCGACCAACUACUCCAAGUGGGGGGAGCUCGUCUACGAGUGGGUGAAGCACUGCGUCGAGAAAUACGGCGCCAGCGAGGUCGAGUCCUGGUACUGGGAGGUCUGGAACGAACCCAACAUCCAGUACUGGAACGGGACGGUCGAGCAGUUCUACGAGCUCCACGACUAUGCCAUCGAUGCCGUCCGAAGAGCCUUGCCGACUGCUCGCGUCGGCGGAUUCGAGAUUGCCGGAGGUACCGGAGGGGACUAUCUGGCGAAUUUCAUCGAGCACGUCCUGCGUGGCAGGAACUAUGCGACGGGGGAAAUUGGGUCGCCAUUGGAUUUCCUCUCCUUCCACGCCAAGGGAAGCCCGACGUAUGUGAAUAACACCAACGGAGGGUACAUCCAGAUGGGGAUUGCGGCGCAAUUGCAGAAUAUCGACGACGCAUUCAGCGUCAUUGCCUCCUAUCCGGAGAUCCGUCACAAGCCCAUCAUCAUCAGCGAAUGUGACCCGGAUGGCUGUGCGGCCUGCAUCACCCCGCAGUACGACUAUCGGAAUGGCCUGCUCUACCCGUCGUACACGGCUGCUUCGUUUGCGAGGGCGCUCGACCUGUCCGUCAAACACGGCGUGAACCUGCAGGGUGCGUUGACCUGGGCUUUUGAGUAUGACGACUACCCGUACUUUGACGGGUUCCGGGUUUUGACCACGAACGGCAUCGACAAGCCGGUGAUCAACUUCCAUCGGAUGCUGGGGAAGAUGUCUGGUCAGCGAGUGGAUGCCACCAGCUCCGGCCAAGUACCGCUCGACACGGCCGUAGCGUCAGGCAUUAGAGACGCACCGGACGUGGGUGUGCUGGCAAGCCUUGAUGACGGACGUCUCAGCGUCUUCGUCUGGCACUACCACGACGACGACCUGCCCAAGCCUGACGCCAACAUCACCGUAUCCAUCGAGGGCCUGCCCUGGACUGGAAGCGGGAAGCUGGCCCAUUACCGUGUGGACAACGAGCACAGCAACUCGUACACGAUGUGGCUGAAGCAGGGGAGCCCGCAGAGCCCGACAGCGGAGGAGUAUGCAGCCCUGAAAGCGGCCGGACAGUUGGCGACCUUGGGCGAUCCUGAAACUAUUCACGUUGGGGAUGGUGGCUGGGGGGAGGUUUCUUUCACCUUGCCCAUUCAUAGUCUCUCGUUGCUGGUGUUUGAGAAAAACCUGUAG